AUGCGCUUCACUUUUUUAACGAGUGUUGCUAGCGUCUUUGCGGCUGAACAGUUGAUAAUUGCGAACCCGCCCGCUCUGGAACGUUACAUAUUGAAUGAGGGCCGGCGAUCUAUUCUGGGGAUUUUAGAAAACCUAGGCGUUAAAGGCAACAAGGCACCGGGUGCGGCGGCUGGUUUAUUUAUUGCCAGUCCUAACACAGUGAACCCAGACUACUUUUAUUCAUGGACUCGUGAUUCGGCCCUUACCAUUAAAUGCUUAAUUGACCUGUUCGUCAACGGUGGUGGGCACUAUGGAACCAAUCAGAACGGAUUGGAAAUCGAUAUUCGGAAUUAUGUCUCUGCACAGGCAGUGUUGCAGAAUGUAUCCAAUCCAUCGGGGACUCUAGAAGACGGCACCGGACUUGGUGAACCGAAGUUUGAGAUUAACUUGAACCCAUUCUCCGGUUCCUGGGGCCGGCCUCAGCGUGAUGGGCCCGCCCUUCGGGCGACCGCUAUGGUCACAUACGCAGACUGGUUGGUUUCCCAAGGUCAGGUAGCUGAAGCCGCGGAAAUCAUGUGGCCCAUAAUUGCGAAUGAUUUAGCAUAUGUGAGUCAGUACUGGAACGACACAGGUUUCGACCUCUGGGAAGAGAUAGAUGGAUCAUCCUUUUUCACCUUGGCUGUCCAGCAUCGUGCACUCGUCCAGGGAUCAAGUCUUGCACAGAAACUUGGAAAAUCCUGCUCUGCUUGUCUAUCCCAGGCACCUCAGAUUCUUUGCUUUCUACAGAGCUUCUGGAAUGGAAAAUACAUCACCGCCAACAUCAACCUCGGCACUAGUCGCUCUGGUAUCGAUAUAAACACGGUUUUGGGAAGCAUCCAUACCUUUGAUCCGGAAGCCUCGUGCGAUGAUUCGACUUUUCAACCUUGCUCAGCCAGGGCUCUGGCAAACCAUAAAGAGUAUGUCGAUGCGUUUCGUUCGAUCUAUAAAAUCAAUGCCGGCAUUCCCGAGGGCUCAGCCGCCAAUGUCGGCCGUUACCCAGAAGAUGUCUACCAAGGGGGUAAUCCAUGGUAUCUCGCCCCUCUGGCAACGGCUGAAAUGCUCUACGAUGCCUUAUACCAAUGGAAAAAAAUUGGUACUCUCGAUGUCACCGAGACCUCGCUGGCAUUCUUUAGAGAUUUUGAUCUUUCUGUGAAAACAGGUUCAUACUCGGCUCACAGUCAAUCCUACAAGACUCUCACCUCAGCCAUUCGAACUUAUGCAGACGAUUUCUUACGUCUCGUCCAACACUACACUCCUCCAAACGGAUCAUUGGCUGAGCAAUAUAAUCGGGAUACCGGCAUCCCACUGUCGGCCAAUGAUCUGACUUGGUCUUAUGCUUCCUUCUUAACAGCUGUCCAGCGUCGUGCUUCCAUUGUGCCUCGCUCGUGGGGCGAAAGAUCUGCAAAUAUCGUUCCCACCACCUGCUCAGCAUCUCCUGUGUUGGGGAAUUAUCAGGCCGUCGCUUCUACAUUCCCGACUUCCACUAGGUGUGUUCCCGCGACUAGUGUUGUACCGAUCACAUUUUACUUGACUGAGAACACGUUUUAUGGAGAAAAUGUCUACGUGGCUGGCAAUAUUAGUGCACUCGGCAACUGGAAUACGAGUGAAGGGUUUCCGCUCACAGCAUCCUUAUACACCGAGGCAGACCACUUGUGGUUUGGUAGCGUCGAGUUGGUUUCGGCUGGUACCGUAUUCAAAUAUAAAUACUACAAAAUUGAACCAAACGGCGCGGCUAUUUUUGAGAAAGGUGAGGACAGAAUAUACACUGUUCCUACUGGCUGUCCGAUCCAGCCUAGUCUACACGAUGUGUGGCAGUCUUGA